UGUAUCUGUUGCACCCAUUGGUUAGUGUUGAACUUCAUGUUUUGUAACCUGCAGCCUGCUUAAAGGGUGUCCAUGACAAGCGCAUGAUUUUAGUUAAGUGGACUACGCUUAUUUAAGUAUAAGUAUUUUGUAACUGGGAUUAUGCUGGUGCCAUUUCUUUUACGUGGGUGGAGCGCAAAGCAGAAUCUGCAACUAGCGCUUUCUAGCACUCGGUUAUGUGUUGAUUGCUGCAACAUCAGAGGAUUAGCCACAUCCAAUGGCCAGUUAUUCCUCAGGACCUCACAACGAUUCCUCAAUCAGACACGUGGAACUAAAACUCACAGGAGAAAGCAACAGAGCCAGGAAGAUGACUGGAAGAAAAGGAACAAGACAAUCCUCACAUACAUUGCGGCUGCUGGGGUUGGAAUGAUCGGCAUGUCAUAUGCUUCUGUUCCACUGUACAGACUGUACUGUCAGGCAACAGGGUUGGGUGGCACAGCGGUAGCAGGACAUGACACUGAGCAAGUGGAGACAAUGAAGCCAGUUAGGGGCCGUGUUAUUAAAGUGACCUUCAAUGCAGACACACAUGCCAGCAUGCAAUGGAAUUUCCAUCCACAGCAGUCUGACAUUUUCGUUGUCCCAGGGGAAACUGCACUGGCUUUUUACAGGGCACGAAAUCCCACAGAUAAACCCGUGAUAGGAAUUUCUACCUACAAUGUUGUGCCUUUUGAGGCUGGACAAUACUUUAAUAAGAUACAGUGUUUCUGUUUUGAGGAACAGCGGUUAAACCCACAUGAGGAGGUAGACAUGCCCGUUUUCUUUUACAUCGAUCCAGAGUUUGAUGAAGACCCCAGGAUGGCACGAGUUGACACUAUAAUACUCUCAUACACCUUUUUUGAAGCCAAGGAAGGACAGCGGUUACCCAUCCCUGGGUACAGCUAAAUUAUUCAGAGACUUUUAAUCAAGUGCAUUCUUUAAGUGAGAGAAUUACAAAAUUAUUGUAAAGCGUGAGUUAAGCAAUCUUAAGUAAUACUCACUGAGAGUCAGUGCUAAUAUUAAAUAGUAAUUAUGGCAUUUCAUAUCCACUGAUCAUUUUUCUCUGAAUUUUGUGCAAUAGACAAUAAAAUUAAGUUCAUAUUUUUGAUACAUUAGAUGGAUAUUCUUACCAAUUUUGAUACCAAAAUGUUGUGUAAAUUGCACGAGUAUCCCUCAUUCAAACAUACAUUUUCCCUAGAUAUUACGCAGAACAUUAGUUAAGAAUAAUAUGUAUAAUUAUGUAUCUUGUUUUAAAUAUUAAAAAUAAAUGUUGUGUGGAUGUCUAUAAUCACAUAGUUUGUUAUUAUAGGUUCAUCCUGAAAGUAUUUCUUUGGAUGAGUUUUACAAAUUUGCAUUUGACAGACAUUAAAAGUUUUUUUUGAUUAAUUUGUUCCUCCUGGGCAUGCAAUUAAACCAUUAACCGAAUUUAAUAAAUUUAACCGAAUACAGUAUAGAACAUUAUACGUGAGUGUUCAAAUUUUUAGAUAGUGGAGUACUUCCUACUGUAGGACAAUAGAUGGCAGCAUUUGUACACUUAUUUUGGUCCUUUUUCAGUAAAACAUAAAAAAAAUAACAUUUGCCUUCACAUAAAAGCUGUAAUGUCUAUAUAUUGUAACAUUUGUUUGUCAUUGUGGAAGUUCUACUUAAUAUAACAGAGCAUUUGUUGUCACUGCAAACUGAAUAUGUCAUAUAAUUAAAAAAUGAAUGUCUAUUCAGUGUAACCUUCAAAAUAAGAGAUCAAGGUAAGAUUUAGUUAUAUUAAUGAAUAUAAAUAAAAUAUAGCAAAUUUGAAACUACCUCUGGUGAGACAAAAUUGUUAACAAAGAGGGCUGUAGUAUUUUUAAGGCAUGAAACAGUUGCAGUAUGGAGUGUGUACUGAGAAUUAUUUUUCUUAUCAUAUACAUUUAAAAUUUUCUUACCUGAUACAUAAUGCUGCAAAUUAUGUUAUUGUUAAGGAGAGGUAUUCAAAAAACCUAACCGUGUUUCAA